AUGAAACUCGUUAUUCUUAUCGUACUUGCACUGAUUGUAAUGAUUAAUGCUAAUCCAGUAAGUCGAACAUGUGAAUGUAAAGCUGUUUCACAUAAUAUUCAUUUUCCAUUUCAUUCAUGGGAUUUAACAUCUUGCAAAUUUUGUUCAUGCUCUGAUGUAGCUAUGACAUCAUGUGAACAAUCAUGUAAAACAAUGGUUGAAAAUUAUGCAAAAACUGGUUGUGGUGCAGUUACUAAAGGCACUAAAGUGAAAUAUUCAUUUAAAGCUAGUUCAUGUUCGAAAGGUAUUAGCCAAGAAGAACAUACAUGUGCUUAA